AUGUCCAACGAUCCGGCCGCGAGGAGGAUACUUCCUCAGAGUUCGCAAAUGGGAUCUUUCAACUUUGUUCCGCAGCCAGCGCCACAAACCCAGAAGAACUAUGUUUUCGUCGAUGAGCACAACCGCCACAAGCGGUUGAAAGUUAUGAGGGCAUGCGAGGGUUGCCGAAGACGCAAGAUCAAAUGCGACGCCGCUACUACGAAUACAUGGCCGUGCUCGGCGUGCGUCCGACUAAAGCUACAAUGCGUGCGCCCAAACGGCUUCGACGGCUCGACGACCGAAACCACGACGUCUAUCAGUUCAUAUACGACUGUGAGCGGCGGCGCGACUGCUUCCUCGACUCCAACCUCCACAUCCACCUAUGAUCCUUCCAACCGUACCCUUACAGAGGCCUCCACUCCCACCGCCCAGGGUGGCUACCCCCAACAGUCCGUGAUGAAUGCCACGCCGAAGACGGGCGGUUCCAUCUACCAGCAACCUGCUUUCGCCGAAAGCCAGACGAAUCUCUUCCAUGCGGUGCAAUACCCGGAUGCGCCGCCGCAGCCUCAAUCCAAUGUGCACUAUACGACCGUCGCUCCUCCCGUAAACAUAGUCGACGAAAAUUACGCAUCACAUAAUGUCUUCCCUAAUCCCCCCGUGCAAGCUGGCCAGGUCCAAGGCCAGGGCAGCUCCCCCGGCUCAUAUUCCCAGGACAGCUAUUCUCAACCGGAUCUCGCUGAUUUGUUAGGCUCGCUCAAAGUUAACGAAGCUGGCACAGCACCGUAUCUAAGAAAUAAAGCUUCAUUCCGCCGCGAAGAGGAGCCUGUUAUCGAGGAGGUGGAUGAUUUCACGGCUGUGUUACCUCCCAUGACGUCUGGAAAAAUUCGGAUUCCCCCUGCAUUGAUGCCGGAUGAUGCGACGGCACAUCAAUAUCUAGAUCUUUACUUCACGAACGUCCAUCCCUUCCUCCCAGUGCUUAGCAAGGCUAUUUUCUACCGGCAGUGGAAUACAAAUAGGCAGGGUAUUUCGCCUUUAAUCCUGGAAGCCAUCUUCGCCAUCGGUGGGAGGUUGGCAGACGAGCCAGCUCAAGGACAGCAAUGGCUGGCUCUAGCAGCCGCACACGCCGACGCGUUCAUGGAUGUGCCGAGGCUUAGCACCCUGCAGGCCCUUCUUAUAAUACUCAAGGCAAAGGAAGGCGCGCCAAAGAAGGGCUACUACUACCGGUCGUGGAUGUCUAUCGUCCAAUGUGUCCAAAUGGGCAAAGACCUUGGCCUGGAUGAACAUUACGCGGAUCACCUAGCUGGCAAGGAUUGUGACUCUACGGAACUGGAAUGUCGGAUGAAGACACGUCUCUGGCAAACAGUUUUCACUCUCGAAGUGAUGAUUGGGUCCCCCCAAGGACGAACCGACCUGACUGUGGAUGUUGACGAGGUGGACUUCCGUCUACCCCAGCCCGUCCCCGGAGAUGACGACGACGAGUUCCUCGUGAGCCGCAAUUUCACCUACCUUGCAAGGCUUGUACGAAACAUCAGCCGCAUGAACUCGGUUUACGCGCGCAUCAAGAAGAAGAAGGAUUGGGGUAUUGAUCCCGAGCUUGUGCAACUCAAUCCUUCUCUCACCUCGUGGCUCACCGAGCUGCCGGCCGAUCUCUCCAUCACCUUCCCUCCCGACAACUCACCUGCAUGGGUUCCAUCUCCUUUUGUCGGAAAUCUCCUCUCGUAUCACUAUUUGACGUUUAUUCUUCUCCACCGGCCGCAGCUCGCCUUCUGCGAUCCGAACGACUUAAACGGGAAGUGGAAGCAACAUAUGAUGAUUUGCUACUCAUCCGCCAAAGCAAUUUGUAGGCUGCAGGAGGGCAUCCUGCAUUCCUUUGGCCUCAACGGGCUGCAGAACAUGCUACGUGGCUUUAGUUUCCCCGUGUACUGCGCAUUGUCCUGCGUCGUCCUCCACCUGGUUGCGAUGACGUCCCCUGAUCCGGACUUAAACACCGACUCGAGGGACUACUUCCAAAGGCAAAUGCGACUUGUUGAACAGGUGAUGGCGGCCUGGCCAAUGCCGGAGCUUCAAAGGCAGAUUAACGCCGUCCGUGAGGCUUUCUCGAUGGAUACUAGGAAGCCUUUCGUCCUGAAACCCUCAUUCCCGUAUGGAAGUCCGACCUCAAGCGCCGCCACGCCUCCCAGAUCCAGUCCUGCCUACCGACCUCUGGUCGACCCCACUGGCCAUAUCAGCAAUCAAGGAAGCCCCAGGAACCUCCAUGCGUCCCAUAUAUCUUACUCCACUCAGGCUAUUACACCCCCUAUAUCCGCUGGUCCGGCUGAUGUGAAGAAUUCACCGCCGAUGAUGGUAUUUUCAGGACAAGAGAACCACACAGCUGGGAUGGGCCACCAGAUGUCAAUACCGGAGCAGCCGAGUUGGAACCCUUCGCGCAUCUUUGAAAAUUGGAAUACAUCAUUCGGGAACCCGCAGGUGCAGCACCCAAGCCCUAGCUCGGGUGCCGUAAAUCCAGCGUCAAUGAAGUCGUCGUCAUCGAGUCCGCCAGAUAUGUCGAGCUACUCAAAUCUGCCUGCGAAUGACGCAAUCACGUCCGGUUCUCAGGCAAUGCCGUCUCAGCAGUUUACCACGCCAAUACCCACAUUCAUCACGCCAGCUAUGUGGCAAGAGUCCGUGGCCAGUGUGUAUGAAGUAGGUCUCAAGCGCGCUUGGGACUACGAUGGCGGACCAUCGAUGAAGCGGCACUAA